ACUGCAAAACAAAAACACCCACGAUUAAAAAACAAAAAAAAACAAAGUGGGUAAAAAUUGUUUAAUUGUGUUAAAUAAAUAAUAAAUAAUGACGCUGCCCGAGUUUUUUGGCUGCACGUUUGUUGCGUUUGGCCCACCGUUUGCACUGUUUGUGUUCACGAUUGCAAAUGAUCCCAUUCGCAUUAUAAUACUCAUAGCAGCGGCGUUUUUCUGGCUGCUUUCUUUGUUGCUUUCGUCUUUACUUUGGUUUGCGGUUGUCCCGCUUCGCGAUGUGCUGGCACUUGGCGUGAUUUACUCGGUGAUCUUCCAGGAAGCCUUUCGAUAUAUUGUGUACCGCAUCUUGCGCAGCACGGAGCAGGGAUUGCAUGCUAUUGCCGAAGAUACGCGCGUCACGGAAAACAAACACAUUUUGGCCUAUGUUUCUGGACUCGGAUUUGGCAUUAUAUCGGGCAUGUUUGCGCUUGUCAACGUCCUGGCUGAUAUGAGUGGACCCGCCACAAUGGGCCUGAAAGGCGGCACGGAACUUUUCUUUAUCACCUCUGCUGCUCAGGCGCUUUCCAUCAUCCUGCUGCACACAUUCUGGAGCAUUAUCUUUUUCAAUGCCUUUGAUACAAACAACUAUCUACAUAUUGCCUAUGUGGUGGGCACACAUCUCUUUGUCUCACUGUUGACUUUGCUCAAUGCGAACGCACAUUACUGGGCCACACUGCUGCCCAACUAUAUUGUAACAAUUCUCACGGGAAUUCUUGCGUUCAAGGUCGCUGGAGGCAGCGUCAGAGGCGUCAAGCGUUUUAUAACGUGUCAAUGAGUAAAAAUAGCAAUAAGUCGAAAGUAUUAAGAAUGGAAUGUAAUUUAACUCUAAAUAUUUUAAGUCCUCCGACAUUAAAUCAACUAAUAAAAUUAAAUUAAAAAUAUGUACUU